CUAUUAGCCUCAGCCACACCUGACCACAGGCACUACGCGGCACACAGAUAACGUGCACCAGGUGACCAAACUCGCCACCCAAUUGCACACCCAGCCGCAACCGACGGCGCACUUACAGCCAACUAAAAACUAGUUUCCCUCCUUCACCGCCGCGUCACUUGUCACCUCCGUUUCUUCUGCAAAUUCCCACGGAAGAUAGAAAAAAAUAAAUAAAUUAAAAUGAUGACGUGGGACGAUUAUCAGUUCGACCAAAACCAACACGAAGACCAACACUCCAACCUUAAUUUCGAUUUCCUUUCUCUCAUCUCAAAACCCAAGGAUUAUUAUAAAAUACUUGAAGUGGAUUAUGAUGCCAGUGAGGAUGCGAUUCGCUCCAAUUACAUACGCCUUGCGCUGAAAUGGCACCCGGAUAAACAAAAAAGUGAGGAUAGUGCCACUUCUAGAUUUCAAGAAAUAAAUGAGGCAUAUCAAGUUUUGAGUGAUCCCGUCAGAAGACGAGAAUAUGACGAUAAAGGGAUGCUCUAUGUCUACGAUUAUAAUAUUAUCGAGUACCUUAAUCGUUACAAGGGCCUGAUACUAACCUGUAACGGCCUUGGGAUCAGACAGUCGAUGUGGUAAAAUGCGAACAGUUACUGUUAUUUAUAAACGUCGCUGCAGUUAAAUGAGCUUAAUCUCCUUUUGGUAGCGUUUACCUUUUGGUGUGUAGAGGCAGAUGGAGAAUGCAAUGCAGAGUCUAGCAUGUAUAUAGUAGCAGACACUAGAAAACGACAUAGUAACCGCAGAGUAGCAUUGGAUGUAAGGUUGUUUUGUUUCUUCAGAGGAUCAUAAACGAACUGUUUCGAUAGAUGGUCUUUACCAGAUCCCAUAUUUAAGCGGUUGGAAUUCUAGUUUAUUAACUUAUUAGACAAGCAUCGGUGUUCUUUACUUAUUAGUUGAUUUUGAUUAAUCAUUGAAAGCAUCAAUUAUUUU